GCGAGGUGUUGGGAGGGCCUAGGUCCGUGUGCAGUGCCCUUCGGCCGGGUUGAACCCCGAGUCAGCCGUGCUUGGUCGCCCGGCGUCCCCAGGCCGCUCCGGAGACUCACGGAAUAGUGCAGGAAUCAAUAGAAGACAGUUGCUAGGACAGAAACUGCACCCUGACCCUGUUGGACCCCACCAGUUCACUGAGCCUGAAUGAUGACUGCUGAGUCAAGGGAAGCCACAGGCCUAUCCCCACAGGCUGCACAGGAGAAAGAUGGUAUAGUCAUCGUGAAGGUAGAAGAAGAAGAUGAGGAAGACCACAUGUGGGGGCAGGACUCUAGCCGGCAGGAGACACCACCACCCGACCCAGAGGUAUUCCGCCAACGGUUCAGGCGCUUCUGUUACCAGAAUACUUUUGGGCCUCGAGAAGCUCUGAAUCGACUGAAGGAACUUUGUCAUCAAUGGCUUCGACCAGAAGUCAACACCAAGGAACAGAUCUUGGAGCUGUUGGUACUGGAGCAGUUUCUGUCCAUCCUGCCCAAAGAACUACAAGUCUGGCUGCAGGAGUACCGGCCUGACAGUGGAGAAGAGGCCGUGACUCUUCUAGAAGACUUGGAACUUGAUCUGUCUGGACAACAGGUCCCAGGGCAAGUUCAUGGGCCUGAGAUGCUUGCCAGGGGUGUGGUGCCUUUGGAUCCAGUUCAGGAGUCCUCAAGCUUUGACCAUCACGAAGCUGCGCAGUCUCGUUUCAAGCAUUCAUCUAGGAAGCCUCGUCUCUUAUCAUCCCGAGCUCUCCCUGCCACCCACGUUCCUGCCCCUCAUCCUGAGGGGAAUCCCAGAGACCAGGCGAUGGCAUCUGCACUAUUGACCGCAGAUUCCCAGGCAAUGGUGAAGAUCGAGGACAUGGCCGUGUCCCUCAUCCUGGAGGAAUGGGGAUGUCAGAACCUGGCUCGGAGGAAUCUCAGUAGGGACAGCAGGCAGAUGAAUUUGGGGAAUGUGUGUUCCCAGGGUUCUGAGAACAGGAAUGGGAAUGAGUCAACCUUAAAGGCUGAAGUUAAAGAAGAUUCCACCUCACAUGGGGAGAUAGCAGGAAGAUUCCAGAAGGAAUUUGGAGAGAAAUGGGAACAGCAGGGCAGAGUAGUCGAAAGGCAACAGAAAAAUCCUGAAGAGAAAACUGGCAAAGAGAAGAAAGAGCCUGGGCCACCUACAGCCAAGGAAAAAAAGCCCACCACAGGAGAGAGGGGCCCAAGGGAGAAGGGUAAAGGUUUGGGAAGAAGCUUCAGCCUGAGUGCAAACUUUAAUAAUACCCCGGAGGAGGUUCCAUCAGGAGCAAAGACUCAUAGAUGUGAUGAGUGUGGGAAAUGUUUCACAAGAAGCUCAAGCCUUAUCCGCCAUAAAAUUAUCCACACUGGAGAGAAACCCUAUGAAUGUAAUGAGUGUGGCAAAGCCUUCAGUCUCAAUUCAAACCUUGUCCUUCAUCAGCGAAUCCACACGGGAGAGAAACCUCAUGAAUGUAAUGAGUGUGGCAAAGCCUUCAGUCAUAGCUCGAAUCUCAUCCUGCACCAGCGCAUUCACUCGGGAGAGAAGCCCUACGAAUGUAACGAGUGUGGCAAAGCCUUCAGCCAGAGCUCAGACCUCACAAAGCACCAGAGAAUCCAUACAGGGGAGAAGCCCUAUGAAUGUAGUGAAUGUGGAAAAGCUUUCAACCGAAACUCAUACCUUAUUUUGCAUCGGAGAAUUCACACCAGAGAAAAGCCCUACAAGUGCACUAAGUGUGGCAAGGCGUUCACCCGGAGCUCAACCCUCACACUGCACCAUAGAAUCCAUGCCAGAGAGAGAGCGUCAGAAUACAGCCCAGCCUCUCUGGAUGCCUUUGGAGCAUUCCUGAAAAGUUGUGUGUAAAGCAGGAGUGAGUCAUCAAGCCAUUUUCCCCCUUUUGUUUCUGGAAUUAUGUCAGACCUAUGUGCCCAUUGAGGGAAAAGUAACAGCGCCAUCAAAUUGUUUAAGAAGUCACACUUCAGGAUCCCUAAGAGUUACAUUACUGUGUCCUGCCUUCAGGUGGUCUGUAGGCAUGUAAUUCUUAAAGUCCUUGCAAGGGAAAGCUGGUCGUGUAGAUAUUCUUCCACUCAAGAUAAAAGCACAUACAGUAACACGUCAAGCUUUCUAAUAAUGGGUAUACCUUUAAGGUUGCUUCCCAGCAACCACACCACGUAGUUGAUGAGUCAAGAUUAGCUCUGAAUAAUAUACUGAAGUUAAGCCACUUUCUGCAAACAAACCCUACUUAGACAACCUGUAUUUCUCAAUGAAGAGAGAUAAUUAAUACAAAAACUACAUUGGGACAUGCUGCUCGAGCAAGUUAUAUAUCCAGAAGGUUGUGGUGUUAUCUGAUCACUGGUAGCCUGCCAAAGCUAUAGAAAUCUAGGACUGUGCUGGUCAGAAUCAAACCAAAGAUUUCUAUCUCUUUCUGAAAGAGGGCGUAUGCACCAGUUUGUAGUUCCAAGGACUGUAACAAAUAUGGAUGGGCCUGCCCUCAUCAGUGACAUCAGUCCUACUGAAAUAGCAACAACUCAAGAUGCUUCUCUUCCUCUUCAGUAUCCCUCAAAGCACUCUAGCACUCCUAAAUGCACUCUCCACAAGCUAGCACUUGAUUGUAUACCAUCUUUUAAUCCUUCAUCAUUCAGUGCUGGAAGCUUUUAUCAAUCACCCCCUCCCCCCAAAAUGAUGCUUCAGUUGUCAAGAACUAUAGUUAUGUUCCUGACAGCACAGCACUGGAUGUAAUACUAAACACACACAAGGCACUCCUUAUGACGGACUUCUAACAGAGUUAUCAUAUUUGUGAUAGAGUCUGUGAAUCAUGUGAGUACCUGAACGAUGGUACCUUCAGACCUAUAGGCCAUGCUAUGACUUAUUCUGGGGUCAAUGUUAUUUUUGUCCUAAAUAUAAACAAAAGCUUGGUUAGUUACCCGCAGGGACUGCAGAUCUGGAUCAGUAAGUACCACAGAGUGUCAGAAGUGAUGUGUGUCAUCCACUUACAGAAGAAAACUGUGAACACUAACUAUAAAGUGUUUGUUUGUGUGACAGCAAAGCUCUUGUUGGCCAGAGUUCUUUUCAGUUAGCUACUGAAUAGUGGUGUUUUGAGCACUUGCUGAGUUGUUCAAAACUUAGCUAAUGCUGUUCAAAAGAUGUGAUGGGUUUUUG